UGGACAUCUCCACUCCCACCCCUUUCCCGGGUCGCACCACACUUUUCCCAUGGCUUCUCCCCUGUUCCUCUCUCUCUCGUGCGCUCCCCCUAGAAUCCCAGGCCCCAUCUCCUUCCACCGCAAGAUCCCAUUUUGGAGCCAAAAACCCCACCUUCUCUCCCUCUCUUCCAAGCUCCCUCUCAGAAACGCCCCCAGAUUCUCCGCCCAGGAUCAAGAGGAGCAGGUGAAGCCAGCCUCUUCCGUCGCCGUAGCUCCCGAUGAGGAGAUCGAUCGCAAACCGAGCGAUUCUGAGGGCGGCGGUGGAGGGGGAGGAGAGGAAGAAGCGAAGGCCCAGCAGCAGCAGGAACUGGACUGGAAGGCGGAUGAGGAGUUCAAGAAGUUCAUGGGCAACCCGUCGAUCGAGGCGGCGAUCAAGCUCGAGAAGAAACGGGCUGACCGGAAGCUCAGAGAGCUCGACCGGGAGUCGGACGGCAACCCCAUCACCGGUUUCUUCAGGAAUGUGGUAAGGGACAGCCUGACCAAAGAGAAGGAGCGGUUGGAGAAGGCCGAGGACGCUUUCAAGGCAUUGGAUCUUAACAAGUUAAAGAGCUGCUUUGGCUUUGACACGUUCUUUGCUGUGGAUGUUCGGAGAUUUGGUGAUGGAGGGAUUUUUAUUGGGAACUUGAGGAAGCCAAUUGAGGAAGUGAUGCCAAAAUUGGAAAAGAAGCUUACUGAGGCAGCGGGCCGAGAAGUUGUCCUCUGGUUCAUGGAGGAGAAGAAGGAUGACAUAACAAAGCAGGUCUGCAUGGUACAACCAAAGGCGGAAAUGGAUCUUCAGUUUGAGACUACAAAACUGAGCACACCUUUGGGAUAUGUCAGUGCAAUAGUUUUAUGCGUUGCUACUUUUGGAACAAUAGCAUUGAUGAGUGGCUUCUUUCUUAAGCCCGAUGCUACAUUUGACGAUUACAUAGCCAAUGUUCUCCCUCUUUUUGGUGGUUUUCUCUCCAUCUUAGGCGUAUCUGAGAUUGCAACAAGGGUAACAGCAGCUCGCUAUGGCGUUAAGCUUAGCCCUUCAUUUCUUAUUCCAUCAAAUUGGACUGGAUGCCUGGGGGUGAUAAAUAACUAUGAGUCAUUGCUACCCAACAAAAAAGCUCUCUUUGACAUCCCUGUUGCCCGCACAGCCAGUGCAUAUCUGACAUCAUUAGCUCUUGCGCUUGCUGCAUUUGUGGCCGAUGGCAGUUUUAAUGGAGGAGACAAUGCUCUAUUUAUAAGGCCUCAAUUUUUCUACAACAACCCUCUUCUUUCUUUCGUUCAAUUGGUCAUCGGGCCUUAUGCGGAUGAAUUGGGAAAUGUGUUACCUAAUGCAGUUGAAGGGGUUGGGGUGCCUGUUGAUCCCCUUGCUUUUGCUGGACUUCUAGGAAUGGUUGUGACAUCUUUAAACCUACUGCCAUGCGGAAAGCUUGAAGGAGGACGAAUAGCUCAGGCUCUGUUUGGAAGAAAUACUGCAAUGCUGCUUUCAUUCGGGACAUCAUUGCUUUUAGGGAUAGGUGGCCUCAGCGGCAGCGUGCUCUGCUUGGCCUGGGGUUUGUUUGCCACAUUCUUUCGAGGUGGGGAGGAAAUACCUGCCAAGGAUGAGAUCACUCCUUUGGGAGAUGAUCGAUAUGCGUGGGGCAUUGUCUUGUUCAUUGUUUGUUUCCUUACUCUAUUCCCAAAUGGUGGUGGCACGUUCUCAAGCUCCUUCCUUGGGCCACCAUUCUUCAGAGGGGAUGUCUAAUUAUUUAAUUUAAUGCCGAUGUACAUGUGUAUUAGGUAAUGUGUACUGUCUAAAUGUAUUUUUGAAAACAAGGGCAUAUGAGAAAAGUUAUCUGCCCCUCUGUUAAAAAUGUUGCAUUUUCCCUUAUUUAAUGAUGAGUAUAACUUAAUUCUUUGCUGACUA